UUAAAGUAAGCAAAAACUGGAAAGGAAAGAAUCGGAAGACGUGGGAAGUGUGGCAGAUACUAUAAAAGCAUAAUGAGUAUGAGAAGAGGAUUGCGUUUUUUGAGAAAAGAAAAAUUGAGUUUAUUAUUUCAUCCUGAAUCUCUACGUAUUGAUCUUGCUUUUGUUUUACUAAGGCAGUAACUCGGUGCAGGGCUUUACUGGUUUGAUAAAAAGGUGAAACAGUGGAAUAGCCUUUCUUGUUGUUCAGCUCAUUUCUUUUAAAACACCCAGCAGCAUGGCCUAAUGCCUUUCCUGUCAGCCUCUUUCGCUAUCUGUUUAUUGCUGAUUUGACGGUCGCUGGUCCUUCUCCUUUGCUGUUAAGUGUGUGUGCCCUUUGUUUUUGUGCUGGUGGGUUUCGCUGUAUUUGGAUGUGAAGACAAGCCUGUUAUUGCCAUACUGGUCUAAUUAGCCUUCUGGGUGAGCGUAUACAUUACAUAGGCCUUUUAAGCCAUGAAAGAAGACAGCUCACAACAACGUAGGUUUUCUUCCUGUACUGUGGUUUCGCCUGUUUUAUUUCCUCCACGAAUUGAUGGCCGAAAGCUUGUCCGAAACGCUUCAUUUGGAGGAUACAAUGAACUUUCUCCUUUGCCAGGUUUUGAAAGAGGAAAGGAAGACAUUUCUCAAAAUAAAGAUGACUCUUCACUUUCUAUGUCAAAGAGCAAGUCUGAAUCUAAACUUUAUAAUGGCUCAGAGAAAGACAGUUCAGCUUCAAGCAAGCUUACAAAAAAGGAAUCUCUCAAGGUACAAAAGAAGAAUUACCGAGAAGAAAAGAAAAGAGCCACAAAGGAGUUACUCAGUACAAUCACAGAUCCUUCUGUUAUUGUUAUGGCUGAUUGGUUGAAGAUUCGUGGUACCUUAAAGAGCUGGACCAAACUGUGGUGUGUGUUGAAACCCGGUGUGCUGCUGAUCUAUAAAACCCAGAAAAAUGGUCAAUGGGUAGGAACAGUCCUUCUGAAUGCCUGUGAGAUCAUUGAACGUCCAUCAAAAAAGGAUGGCUUUUGUUUUAAACUUUUCCAUCCUUUGGAGCAGUCUAUUUGGGCAGUGAAGGGUCCAAAAGGUGAAGCAGUUGGAUCCAUAACUCAGCCCUUACCUAGCAGUUAUUUGAUCAUCCGAGCCACUUCAGAGUCAGACGGAAGGUGCUGGAUGGAUGCUUUGGAGUUGGCUUUGAAAUGUUCUAGUCUUCUUAAACGUACAAUGAUCAGGGAAGGAAAAGAACAUGACCUGAGCAUCUCAUCAGAGAGCACACAUGUGACUUUGUAUGGCUUAUUACGUGCUAACAAUCUCCACAGUGGUGACAAUUUCCAGUUAAAUGAUAGUGAAAUUGAACGACAGCAUUUUAAGGACCAAGAUAUGUAUUCUGAUAAAUCUGAUAAAGAAAAUGAUCAAGAGCAUGAUGAGUCUGACAACGAGGUGAUGGGGAAAAGUGAAGAAAGCGACACAGACACGUCAGAAAGGCAAGAUGACUCAUAUAUUGAGCCUGAGCCUGUUGAACCCCUGAAGGAGACCACCUACACUGAACAGAGCCAUGAAGAACUCGGAGAGGCAGGGGAGGCGUCUCAAACAGAAACUGUGUCUGAAGAAAACAAAAGCCUCAUCUGGACUUUGCUGAAACAAGUUCGUCCUGGCAUGGAUCUGUCCAGGGUGGUUCUGCCUACAUUUAUUUUGGAACCCCGUUCUUUCCUGGAUAAACUUUCAGAUUACUACUAUCAUGCAGAUUUCCUGUCUGAGGCUGCUCUUGAAGAAAAUCCUUAUUUCCGUUUGAAGAAAGUAGUGAAAUGGUAUUUGUCAGGAUUCUAUAAAAAGCCAAAGGGACUGAAGAAACCUUAUAAUCCUAUACUUGGUGAGACUUUCCGAUGUUUGUGGAUUCAUCCCAGAACAAACAGCAAAACUUUUUAUAUUGCUGAACAGGUGUCUCAUCAUCCACCAAUAUCUGCCUUUUAUGUCAGUAACCGAAAAGAUGGAUUUUGCCUUAGUGGUAGUAUUCUGGCUAAAUCCAAGUUCUAUGGAAACUCACUAUCUGCAAUAUUAGAAGGAGAAGCACGGUUAACUUUCUUGAAUAGAGGUGAAGAUUAUGUAAUGACCAUGCCAUAUGCUCAUUGUAAAGGAAUUCUUUAUGGCACAAUGACCCUGGAGCUUGGUGGAACAGUCAGUAUUACAUGUCAAAAAACUGGGUACAGUGCAUUACUUGAAUUCAAACUAAAGCCAUUUCUAGGUAGUAGUGAUUGUGUUAAUCAAAUAUCAGGUAAACUAAAACUGGGAAAAGAAGUACUAGCUACUCUGGAAGGACACUGGGAUAGUGAAGUUUUCAUUACUGACAAAAAGACAGAUAAUUCAGAGGUUUUCUGGAAUCCAACACCAGACAUUAAGCAGUGGAGAUUAAUAAGGCACACUGUGAAAUUUGAAGAGCAGGGAGACUUUGAAUCAGAGAAACUCUGGCAGCGGGUAACUCGAGCCAUAAAUGCCAAAGACCAAACAGAAGCUACUCAAGAAAAGUAUGUUUUAGAAGAAGCUCAAAGACAAGCUGCCAGAGAGCGGAAAACAAAAAAUGAAGAGUGGACUUGCAAGUUAUUUGAACUUGACUCACUUACAGGGGAAUGGCAUUACAAGUUUGCAGAUACUCGACCAUGGGACCCACUUAAUGAUAUGAUACAGUAUGAAAAAGAUGGUGUUAUCCAGACCAAAGUGAGACAUCGCACUCCAAUGGUGAGUGUCCCCAAAAUGAAACAUAAGCCAGCCAGGCAACAGAAGAAAGUGGCAAAAGGCUAUUCCUCUCCAGAGCCUGAUGUCCAGGACUCGUCUGGGAGUGAAGCUCAAUCAGUAAAACCAAGUUCAAGAAGAAAGAAAGGGAUAGAACUGGGAGACAUUCAAACUUCAAUUGAAUCUAUUAAACAAACACAGGAAGAAAUUAAAAGAAAUAUUAUGGCUCUUCGAAAUCAUUUAAUUUCAAGCACACCUGCCACGGAUUAUUUUCUUCAACAAAAAGACUACAUCAUCAUUUUUCUCCUGAUUUUGCUUCAAGUCAUAAUAAACUUCAUGUUUAAGUAGAAGUCCUUUACAAUUGAGUUAAUGAACUGGAAUGAUCAGAUUUGGCCUGGGACCAAUGUUGAAGUUGGUUUGGUCUUUAUUAAAACAUCACUAUUUCUAAAACUGAAAACCUUAGAAAUAAAUGUAGAAGUGUUGACUUUUCAUACCUUUUAUCCUUAACCUGAAACAAGAGCUAUUCUAUUUGAUUAUUAAAGUGAACUGUGUGUUAAGUGCCAGAACGUUUCUAGCUUUUGUCAGAAUGUGUCUACAUGUGAGUAUAAUAAAUCCACAUGUAUACACAAUUGUGUCUUAUAUAUACCUUACAGUAAUCUUUGUAGUCUAUGGUAUGUUCAUGUAAUGAAAUAUAUAGCAUUAAUGUCAGUCAUAACAAAAAUGCUAUCAAUCUUAAAUAUGUAACAAUCUAUUUUCUUCAUAAAACAGGCACAAAACUUUUGUCAGUAAGGAAUUACAGAUGGGAAAUAAUGGGAUAAUAGGGAUAAAUAGUCCAACACACUGUACUGUUAAAAAAAAAUCAUUUCCAAAGUAUUCAGCUCACCUGUCUUCUUACAAACAGAAAACAAACAAAAAAAAAAUGUGUGGUCAAAUUGAGACAAAGUGGCAAAUUGCUUUUUUCAAAAGUUUACACAAGAUUUUUUUAAUCCCUAGAAUUUAAUAUUUAUAGAUAAAAGUAUAAAUAUAUAUAUGUGUAUAUCAACAGCAGAAAACUGGUAUGCAGCUACUUGGAUCUAUUGAUUCUAUCUUUCUUAUUGUACGUAUAUAAUACCCACUUAAGCACUUGCUGGAAAAAAGUGUGGUCAAACUUGAUUGCUGUCCUUUUUUCUUAUUUUCUUAAACUCAGUUGGUCCAGUAACAUAGGCUAAAUUCUAGAGAUGUUUGUAGGGCAUAUAAAAUGCUGAUAAUCAUGAUUUUUCAUUAUGAAAACCUUUCUUUAGUUUUCAUUUAGAUUCUGGUGUGUUCAGUGAAACAGUAGAAUAGAAAAAUAUACAUAUAUAUAUAAAACCAAUAUUUUACUUCAAAAGCCAAAUAAGAGAAGAGUGAUAAGAAAAGACACUUAGUGUGGUGGUAAUUAUGCAUUUUAAAAUUGGUUUCUUUAAAAUGUGCAAUAAGUUGAGCAUCUGAGAAGAGCAUCAAGUUCCGAAGUUUAAUUCUCUGUUCUCCUCUGCUCUCAGUAACUGCAGUUUGUGGCAAAACCACAGUUCCUCAAGGUUCCUUUUGUUCAGGCUCAGGCAAACAUUUUCCCUAAAUUUUUUUUUCAGUUUAAUAUUUUUACUUUAUGUAUCUUAGAAUUCCAAAAGUAGAUUUUGAAAUGAAAAUGAAGGUCAGAGAGGAAAUAAUUGCUCUGGCUACAUUUGCCCUUGACUAAGAAGAGACUGUGAGACACGAGUAAAGUAAUAAUCAAAUGUUUAUGCCAUGAUAAUUAUAUAAUAAAGGAAUGAUUACUCAAUUACUGAGAACUGGAAAUGGUAGGAAGAGCCUGCUUUGUUCCUCCUGACCAAUAGAAUGAUCUUUAGUCUCCUUAGAAAUGUUUUUUAAAUAGAUUAUACAUAAAUAAGAUAUACCUAUACCCAGUAUAAGCAUAGGUAUGACGACGCUAGAACAGGUGGGGUUUUUGUUUGUAUUUCAUACUUGUUGAUAUCAUUUUUGUACUCACUGUUACCAAUAUUAUGCUCAACUGCUUAUUCAUUAAUAUAUAUUUUGUAUAUAUUGUACAACUUGAUCCUUUUUUAUGGCUUAAAUUAGAAUUAAUUUAUAUACGUUGAUUGGCUAAUUGCAAAAAUAAUUUCAUCUUUAAACCCUGAAAACUGACGUUUUUUUGUUGGUAACUCCCUUUUGGGGCUUUAGGCUUGUCUACUUGUAUGAUACUCUCAUUUGGUCUUAGUGUUUUAUUUGUAUGGUUAUCCUCUAAGACUAGAGAGGGAGUUGUUUUCUUUAUUUUUAAAACUUUCUUGUUAGGGUAAACGUUAUGGGUUCUUAUUAUCCCAGGAGUCAAAAACUAUUUCAUGAGAAAGAGCAGGGUUACUCAUGCUGUUUCUUACACACUAAAAGCAUGUGUCUAAUAGUCUCACGCUGUUAGUUAUGUGAGUUCCUUUCUGUGAACUGAACACAAAACUCAGGAGUUGGUGGCUUAGUUUUAUAUCGGUUCUUGCACUAGGCUUAGUAUGUGAAUCCUUUAGAACACAUAAUGAACUUUGUAUUUCGCCAUAUAUGUAAUUGACUUUGAAUGUUUUCCACCUGAGAUUAAUCUUCCUUCACACAUGGACUCAUAAAAAUUGUGAUUUACAGUUCCCAGUUAUCUGAGAGUCUCAUGAUGGUUUCUAGGAUUUAAGACCUAUAACCAGUUUUUUUUUUUUUUAUUUGAUCAAAAAUUUUAUUUUUUCACUGGAAAAUUUAAAUAAGUAAUAGUUAUUGACAUGUGCAUUUUUGUUUUAGUUAUUAAAUAUACUAUGCCUUCAGUUAUCUACCAUUUAAUGAGAUGGAGCUGGCCCAAGAAAAGACAAUAAAUAGGGUGUGUGAUAUAAGUAAGUUUCAACAGUAGAUAUUUCAUUUGUAUUUCAUAUCACUACUUUUUUUGUAUUACUUAUAAAGAUACAGUGUAAUUUUUGUUACCAUUCCAUUGAAAAAGUUGGCCUUGUAAAAUACAACUCUCAUUUAGUAUUCACACUUUUGUGCCUUUAAGAAAAUAAUUUUUUGUCAUUUUUGUGUUACAGCACUGUAAUAUGAUUCAAAGUAUUUAUAGGCUUGUCAUAAAAGGGUCAUUUCUCUGUGUCACUUUAUUUCCUUUUAUAUAGCUUAGUAUAUUUAAACAGUAAUGCUGUACUUUUAUAAGGGUUUGUCCAUUUACCCAUCUCAAAUAUAUUCUUCACUUUCAGACAUCACUGAAGUAGAAUUGUCGGAUUAUUCUGAGUAUUGUUAAACAGUGCCUUUUCGAUGGAAUUCCUGUUUUAGGGUGUCAGCUUGUGCCAUAUAUACACAAAAUUAUGUGGAGAAGGCAGUUUUACCUUUUUGAAGAAUAUCUUGGUCAAAUAUUUUAAGAAAACAAAUGUAUAAAAUUCCAUUUUUUCCAGUGUUUCACGUUUCUAGUGAACAAUGAAUAUAUUUGGGGUUUUUUUGUUUGACAUACAGUGAUAAUGACAUUUGAUGAGCCAUACAUGACGCUGAAGAUUAUUUUGAAUUAUGUUAAAUGCACAGAAAUAUUAAAAUUAGCAUUUAUACCAAAUUUUCCAAUUUGAACCAUAGCUGAGAGGGGAGGAAUCCCACACAGAUCACUAAGUUUACAUUUGAACUUCUAUCUUAUUUGUUGACUAUGUGGAAAAAGAGAUUCUUUAACCUGUAUAACUUGCCACUGUUAUGUAAUUUGGUUUUAUUUUGUUUACCUAUAGUGUGAAUUUAGUAUAUUUAAUUUACUUUCUGUUACUCUUAACAUGCUGUUUGUUUUGUUACAGUUUUAAUUGAAGAUAGACUGUUAAAAUUGUAUAGGACCAGUGUCUCCUUAAUGUGAUUAACAUAUUUAGAAGAGCCACAAGAAACCCGUGACAAAAUGAAUGUGAAUAUACUUUCUAAAAUAUUUAGAAAAUUUUCUUUCUGAAUUUAUCAUGAAAAAUUAUUUGAGAAUUAAAAUAAUAAAUUUAAAGAAAAAAUGCCAUGAAAUAUUUGAACUGAUGAGCCACACAACUUCAGUUGUAAUUUUUUACUUUUUAGCAUGUUAACUAUACAUCUAAGUUAAAUAUCCUGUUUAAUGAUCAUUUAUAAAUUCAAACACUGGUCAGUUUUGUAAAACAGAAUAAAAGUAUGUUAUCUGCAGUGUAAGUACAGCACACUGUCAAUUUCUUUUCCUUAAGGUGCAUAGUAAAUGUACAGAUAGUCAUAGGCAACUGUUUUGUAAUGUAUUACAUUUCUAAUCUGUUACUCCUAACCUAUUAUAAAUGUUUGCAGAGACAAAAGAAUUUUUCUAAUAAUCUGUAAAGUGAUGCUAACUUCAAGUAGGAAUUCUGAAUAAAAUUUUUAAAAAGA